AUGGCAAGGGACAUGGAGAGGGACAUGGCAUGGGACAUGGCGAGGGACAUGGCGUGGGAUAGGGUGUGGGACAUGGCAUGGGACAUGGCGAGGGACAUCGCGAGAGGCUUGGCGAGGGGCAUGGCGAGGGACAUGGCAUGGCGAGGGACUUGGCAAGCCAAACAGGUGAAUGAGAAGGAGGGGGCGGGGUCUGUGGUGCUGCCCUUCAAAACGACCCCUGACCUGCCAGAGGACACCAUGAUUGUGUGGAAACGAUUUAAACCAGAGUUCACGAGGGUCCACGAAUAUCAGAAGGGCUCCAACCAAACUCACCAACAGCACGAGUUCUACAGGAACAGAACCUGGAUGGAGGGAGACCCGCUGGGAACCGGAGACCUCAGUCUGACUCUGGACCACCCCACAGUCGGAGAUACUGGAGAGUACAGAUGCUUGAUGGAGAGCAGCAGGGUUAGGAGGGAGAUAACGAUUCAGCUGAGAGUCACAGGCAGAGAUCUGGUCCAGGAUCCAGCAGAGGACACCAAUCAAACUCCUCUGAUGGCUGAAAAAUCGCCUUCUGCCUCCUCUGCAGGCAGAGUUCUGGUCCAGGAUCCAGCAGAGGACACCAAUCAAACUCCUCUGAUGGCUGAAGAAUCGGUGUGCUCGGAGGAGACCCUGGAGGAGAUCCGGGGCCGCUACCUGCCCUACAACGGCCACGCCCACAGCUACACCUGGAAGCACGGCGGUGCGCCGCUAAACAUGGCCGCCACGCUCAGCCAGAACAGCGUCCCGGACCAGGACGGCGAGCUGGACCAGCUCCGGCUGGACCGGGACCUGGAGGUCCCCGCCAUCCUGCUGCACUUCAAUGACGACCUGACCGAGGACUGA